CGAACUUAAAAUUGUUAAUCACAUCAAGAAACUGCAAAAUGCAGGCUUUGCACCCACCAGAACUGAAGUAAAAAUCAUGGCGUUUAAUUUAGCUCAGCGAAUGGGGAUCCCAAAUAAAUUUAAUCAAAAAGAGACACCCAUCCAAAUGCCUCAAACAGAAACAUCGCAGAUGAACAAUUUGUCAGUUAGAUCAGAAUCUCUUCAAUCAGGCCCCUCCGGAAUUCAAAAUCCAAAAGCUUCACCUGCUAGCUCUAACAAGUCAUCAAUUCCUGAUGAAGUUAUAACUACUGGAAAGGCUCUUGAUGAAAUAAUGCCAGUGCCUGUUUCAUCUGCAGCAGUAAAAAGGGACCGCAACAAAAUAUCCGGUGAGAUUACAUCUGAAGAAUUUAUUAAAAAUAAGAAAGAUGCACAAAUAAAGAAGAGCUCAAAACCUGUGAAAAAAAACAAAAAAUAA